UCUGCGGUGAGGACCGCGGGGAAGCCGCCCGCUCGCGCCCUCCUUUGUGUGCGCGGCCGCGGCCGCGGCGCUGGGCCUGCGCCGUGCUCCCCAACGCCCCGCGCCGCCUUCGCCCCCGGGGCGCCGGGCCUCCACAGCAAGAUGGCAACCCCGGCGGCCGUUAACCCUCCGGAAAUGGCCUCAGACAUCCCUGGAUCGGUGACCUUGCCCGUUGCCUCCAUGGCGGCCACUGGACAGGUGAGGAUGGCAGGGGCCAUGCCUGCUCGUGGAGGAAAGCGGCGUUCCGGAAUGGACUUUGAUGAUGAAGAUGGUGAAGGUCCCAGUAAAUUUUCAAGAGAGAAUCACAGUGAGAUUGAGCGGCGCAGACGGAACAAGAUGACUCAAUAUAUCACGGAGCUCUCAGACAUGGUCCCCACCUGCAGUGCCUUGGCCCGUAAACCGGACAAGCUCACCAUUCUCCGCAUGGCUGUCUCACACAUGAAGUCCAUGAGAGGCACAGGAAACAAGUCUACAGAUGGUGCAUACAAGCCUUCCUUCCUCACGGAGCAGGAAUUGAAGCACCUCAUCCUUGAAGCAGCUGAUGGAUUUCUGUUUGUAGUGGCUGCUGAGACAGGGCGAGUGAUUUAUGUGUCUGAUUCUGUCACCCCUGUUCUGAACCAGCCCCAGUCAGAGUGGUUUGGGAGUACCCUCUAUGAACAAGUGCAUCCUGAUGACGUGGAGAAGCUGAGAGAGCAGCUGUGCACCUCAGAGAACUCAAUGACAGGCCGGAUCCUGGACCUGAAGACGGGGACGGUCAAGAAAGAAGGGCAGCAGUCAUCCAUGCGGAUGUGCAUGGGUUCCCGGCGCUCCUUCAUCUGCAGGAUGAGGUGUGGAAAUGCUCCCUUGGAUCACCUGCCCCUUAACAGAAUAACCACCAUGAGGAAAAGGUUCAGGAAUGGCCUUGGCCCUGUGAAAGAGGGUGAAGCUCAGUACGCCGUGGUCCACUGCACAGGGUACAUCAAGGCCUGGCCGCCUGCAGGAAUGACCAUUCCUGAUGAAGAUGCUGAUGUGGGACAAGGCAGUAAAUACUGCCUUGUAGCAAUUGGGAGACUCCAGGUGACCAGCUCUCCAGUGUGUAUGGAUAUGAACGGGGUGUCGGUGCCCACAGAGUUCUUGUCCCGACAUAACUCUGACGGGAUCAUCACGUUUGUGGACCCAAGAUGCAUUAGCGUGAUUGGCUACCAACCCCAGGAUCUUCUAGGAAAGGACAUUUUGGAAUUCUGCCACCCUGAGGAUCAGAGUCAUCUGCGUGAGAGCUUCCAGCAGGUGGUGAAGCUGAAAGGCCAAGUGCUGUCGGUCAUGUACCGGUUCCGCACCAAGAACCGGGAGUGGAUGUUGAUCCGCACCAGCAGCUUCACCUUCCAGAACCCUUACUCCGACGAGAUUGAGUACAUCAUCUGCACCAACACCAAUGUCAAGCAGCUUCAGCAACAGCAGGCGGAACUGGAAGUACACCAGCGAGAUGGGUUGUCAUCAUAUGACUUAUCCCAGGUCCCUGUCCCUAAUCUACCUGCUGGUGUUCAUGAGGCUGGGAAAUCUGUGGAAAAAGCAGAUACAAUCUUCUCCCAGGAAAGAGACCCUCGGUUUGCUGAAAUGUUUGCAGGCAUCAGUGCAUCGGAGAAGAAGAUGAUGAGCUCUGCCUCAGCUGCAGGCACCCAGCAGAUCUACUCCCAAGGGAGCCCAUUCCCCUCCGGGCACUCAGGCAAGGCCUUCAGCUCCUCAGUGGUUCAUGUGCCUGGAGUGAACGAUAUUCAGUCCUCCUCCUCAACUGGGCAGAACAUAUCCCAGAUCUCCCGGCAGCUGAACCAGAGCCAAGUGGCAUGGUCCGGGAACCGUCCACCCUUCCCAGGACAGCAAAUCCCAUCCCAGUCCAGCAAGACCCAGACGUCUCCCUUUGGGAUUGGAACGAGCCAUGCUUACCCAGCAGACCCCUCUUCCUACAGCCCUCUGUCGAGCCCCGCGACCUCCUCGCCGAGUGGGAGUGCUUACUCCAGCCUUGCCAACAGGACUCCAGGGUUCGCUGAAAGUGGACAAAGUAGCGGGCAGUUCCAGGGGCGGCCCUCGGAAGUCUGGUCACAGUGGCAAAGCCAGCACCACGGUCAGCAGAGCGGUGAGCAGCACUCCCACCAGCAGCCCGGUCAGACUGAAGUGUUCCAGGACAUGCUGCCCAUGCCCGGAGAUCCGACCCAGGGGACUGGCAACUAUAACAUCGAGGACUUUGCUGACCUUGGCAUGUUUCCACCCUUUUCCGAGUAGCUGUGGGCAGAGUGAUGCUCCCUCUGUGCAGUGCCACACUCGUUCUGCGACAUUGCCACCCCCGUGAGCGAGGUCUCCCAUACCCAGCUUGCCUAGCACAGGAUCCCCCAUACCACAGGCACCUUUGCCCUCUAAAUUCUCCCAGGCAUGGCCUUCCUCCAUUCUAACGUGCAGCCAAGGGUUUUAGCCACUGACCAGGGGCCCUCCUAGGCACUGGAGAAUCGCCUGUAUUUAUUGUGUUCUAUCUGGAUGUGCUCAGGAGGUGGGCUGAUUGUGUCCUGGUGUUUGGUUGUGAAUAAUCUCUUAGUGGACCAUUUAUCAUUUAUACUCCUAAAAAGUUCAGUUAGGAUCCAGAUGGACACCGCAGGCCUGCCUAAGAGCAGAAAUCAAAGCUUCCUCUUGCUUUUCACAUCUGCUCUGGGGGUGGGAGGGGUCCACAGGGGCUGGAAAAGUGGCAAGUGGGAUACAGAGCCUGGAAGCAAGGAGCCCAGGGACAUUGCCUGCUUGGCCACCCCCACCACGCUCUGCGGUGGGCUGGUUGUGCCCUGGGGUCUGGGAACCUUGUACAGUGAGCCCCGAACUUCCGUCCUGAUGGCUGUGUUGUGCUGUGUCUGUCCUGUGUGGUCAGAGUGAGUGUGUAGCAUCCAGAGUCUAGUGAGUGUGAGAACAGUAAUGGGCAACCCCACCUCAUCCAGCAGCCCCUUGACCCACAUGAGCAAGGCCUGAGAGCCGGGCUGAGAGGCUGAGCCUGGCAAGCUGGCUCUCAGCACUGCUGCUCAGAGUCAAGGCUGGUGACCUGUUCCUUUAGAAGUCCUUACUUAAAAGAUUCCUACUAAAGAUCCAGGUGUCUCUUCAAAAAGCCAGUCCUUCCUCCUCCCUGAACCCCACGGAACCACUGGGCCUCUGAGCAUCUAUGUCCUGAUUCCAUGUAGGUGACUCCUAUGGUCCCUGAUCCCCCUGGAAGAGCUUGUCCCCACCAGGCACCUACAGAAAGACACACGGGGAGGUCACAGCAGCUGGGGCCCUCUGUGUGGGUAUGGAUGGUGCGAGCAGCACACCUGGAUAGAGGAAGAGAUGCUCUCACUUCCUUUGGGGCCACUUGAACCCUCUCUCUUCCCCCUGGUUGGUCAGGAUGGCUUCUCAGAGGGUGUACAGUGCAAGGAAGAAAACUCAGACCACUCUGCUCCUGCUGCACAUGCGCCAAGGCCUUGCGUUCCCAGGUAGUCUACUGACAUGACGAUAAGCAGCUUGUGGGCUGUGAGCCAACUCAGAAGCUUCUGCCUGGCCCACCUCUGAGUUCAGGAUCCUUGGCUUGCUGUUUUGCUAAUGUGAGAUGAGUUGAAGACCCAAUCCCCUGUUUUCAUGUCUAUGGACCCCGUCCCAUACCCCAUACACCGGUCAGGGCUAAGUUUCCCUUCUCUUCUUACUUUUAUACACGGUUAUCUCUAGCUCCUUGACACUCUGCCUUGGCCACUGAUGCAUAGUGAUGCAUCUCUCCCACAUGGCUGCUUGGGGCAGAGAGCUCAGUCUGUGAGUGUCAUGGGACCCUCCCACAGCCCACAGUCCUUGCUUGGUGGGUGCAGACGCUCAGUACCUGAGAGGGUAGGGAGAAUGGUGGGUUCUGAGCUGCCUGAGGGUAAAAUGAGCCAGCAUGCUGGUAGGAACUGGGAGAGCAUUUCCCUAGUGUUUGGAAAGUGCUGCACCGAGCUACAGGCCUGCCUGGCAUCAAGGGGCAGCCACAGGCCACGUUCCUGCAGAACUUCACCUGUGCAAGCCCACUAUUGCUCGGUAGAAUGCCCAGGGCUGGAAGCCAUCCUCACUUGGUCCCAAUUCCAACACUAACAACUCUGGCUGUGUAGUUUCUAGAGAUGCUUAUGGUAGACAGUCCUGACCCGGUCCUGAGUUUAGAUCUAAGUGUGUUCACUCCAGUCUCAGAGAUUUCCUGCUGCCCAGAAAAUGACAGGUGCCAAAUACUGUAUGACCCAGCAGGGCCAGCCUCUGGCCAGGCCUCCCUCUGCACUCUGCCCUAAGUGCUACCUCUGCUUCCAGCAACCUAGACCUUGCCCUCCACAGUGAGCAUAAGUGUUAUUUUGUUUUCAAAGCCAUAAAAUGGCUUUUGGAACAAGAAGUCUUUCUCAGUGAAAUAAAAAUAAGCUUUUGGUGGCCUUUAGUUUAUGAAUUUGGAGUUUGGGGAUUUGUUUGCCUUCUUCUUUAUGAAGAAAAAUGUGUAUUUUCUGUGAUGCCACUGGAGAUGAGCACCUUAACAGUGGAGUUGCCUCAUGUCUAGGCUAUGCUAGGCACCAAGGGGAAAUAGGAGAAACCAGAUACGGUCCUUGUUCAAAGCCAGAGGAGGAAGCUCUAGUAGUGUUGAAUGAUCCUUGUUUGCAAAGGGGCUUGUACACUCGCCCCUUCCAUUCUUGGAAGCCAGACUCCGAUGUGUCCUGGUCCUGAGUUUGUCCUAGCGAGGUAGUCUCAGCCUGGAUUGGACAGGAAAGAGGUACUCGGCCUUUGUUUCUUCUGUGACUACAGAACUUGCAGGCACCCCUCACCCGGCAAUCAGCUGACUUUCUUCAGAAGAGAGCCAGAGGGACCAUGUGGGCCUUUGACUAAAGACACAGUGCACCACACUGAGGCUCCACCACCGUGGGCUGGGGGAGGUGACAGUGGCCAAGGAUGAUUCUAGAAUACUCUGCCUUGCAUAACAUUCCUCCCUGGUUUUGUUUCUAGUUUUGGUUUCAGGGAUUAAGAGCACCAACAUUAACAACUGUAUGGCUGUUCUCACUUCUUUCCAGUUUAUCAAGAUCAAUCCUUUUAUUAUUUUAUGAAUAGUGAGUGUUAUAGGCAAUGAAGGUUCUGACCACUAACUUAUACUGAGGAACCAAAACCUCUGUGUCAAUAAAAUGGCUGGGGUUCUGCAGGUCAUCCACAAUAGCAGGUAUCAGUGUUCUACCAUCUUCAGCCCGGAGAUGAGGCAGCCUCCAAAAGCAAGUUCUGGUCAACUCUUCCUUGGCAGUACUUGGUCCAACCAAUGAAUGGCCUGUGCUCAAAGAGUGGACAUGCAUCUGUCUGGGCCCAUCUGCCCCUAACAUUUAAAACCUGUCACCUAAAGAACAAGGCAGUUAUCUAACAGCACUCACCAGAAGCCAGGCUCUUUGUAUUGCCAGAAAGAGGUUUGACCAUAGGGUUGUAUGUGCUAAUUGCCAGGGGGCCUUUCUUCCCUGUCACCGUCAAAUCUGAUGCACAAACUGCAUGUUGCACACAGCUGGAGCCUCAGCUACUCAGAAGGCUGAGGCAGGAAGGAUUGUUUGAGGUUGGGAGCUGAAGUUGCCUGGGGAAAGUAGAACCUAGAUGGCUGAAUGAAUGAAUGAGUUGGCCAAAUUCUAGGUUCUUGGGAGCUACAUGAGUGUCUACUUUUUCUCUUUGCUGCUGGAAGUCUGGAGCAGCGUGAGGAGCACCACACAAGGUUCUGGCUCCUUUGUACACACGGGUGUGCGUGGGGCUUGUGGCAGACCUAGGUUGAUGGUCAAGCAGCUGGCCAGAGCCUGCAGGGUUUUUACUUCAGCAAAUGGGUUUUGCAGGCUACAUAGGGAUGAGCAGCUGGCCUCCUUUAGCAAUAUGUUUGCUUCGAGGGGAAAAAAAAGACUUCACAAGCAGACUUCAGUGAACAAUAAGCACUUAAUCAUCUCUUUAGCCUUUCUUCUUAUGGAUGUGACCAGUGUUGUGGGUAAUCAUUUGUAUUUCUUGAAUGUUCUCUAUGACUAACAGUUAUUAAGUGGAUUGUGUAUAUGUGUAACUAAUGUAAUUGCCUUUUAAAUUUCAUUACAAUAAAGUAACUUUGCUCUGAA